AUGAGAAUAAUAUGGCACGCGUUCCUGCAUCUGUGCGUGUUCGGUGCGCGUUGCGCGCCGGAGCGGACGACAUUGCCAAUUACAAUAUCGACGUCUGGGGCCGCGGUGGAGGAUCGAGGGAAACCGGUAGACGACGAGGAACCGACGAAGGGGCAGGCGGAGAUGGAGGAGGGACAGAAGGAAAUUGAGGCCGUGCCGAUGACGGAACAGGUUAUGAAUCCUAACAUAAAAAUAACCGACGUGCCGGACGUGGAUGAGGCCAGCGAGGAGUUGGACCCGAACUGGGACAAGAACAAGGUUAUACGGGACGUCGCCUAUUAUAUUCGGGCGCACAAAUUUCAAGACUACGAUCGCCGUUACUACAAACGGCUGGAAGAUUCGCCGAGCAGACUUUACGAGGAAUUCCCGAAACCGCCGCUCAGGUCUUUGCACUGGGAAGUACGUAGAUAUUGCGACGCGAGCUUCGUCGAGUGCCUGAAAUACCUCGAAACGAUCAUUAAAUCAACUGCCCUGAAGCGGGAAGACGACACUGUCACGAUCAUGAAAGAACAGAAAUGGAAUCUCACGGACAAUGCCAAGCAGAUCCAAGCAGCUCAAAAGGACUGUCAGGCAGCUCAGAGGCGUGACGACCUAACCAUGUCUCCCUUUCAAGGUCCAAUAGGCAAUUACUACAUGUGCUGGUACACGAUGCUCGGCGUGCCGGAAUUGAGUAUCUUCGGAGAGUCGUGCGACAACUACGCCAACUGUCAGAUCGAGUCGUCCGGGACCGGGAACGGGGAUCCAAGAGCCGACGACACGGUACCCUAUGCUUGCGCCCUUUAUAGUUUCUGUCCGGAUCAUUGUUGUCCCAUGAAGCAUAUCCAGGAUAUGACGGAUUGCCAUCAGUCGCAGGACAAUCCCUGUCAUGCUGGGAACCCGCCGGAGCAUAGGGAAUGUUCGUUGAAUCGACAAGAGAAUCAAGAUCUUCUCAGCUUGCUGGCGAAUCAGAUCAACAUCAGCUGCGAGUGUCGCGACCCCGGCUACGAAUGGUCCUCCAGGUACGGUCUUUGCGUCGACGUGAACGAGUGCACUCGCGGUACGCAUGGUUGCGACGUGGAACAAAGUGAAGUCUGCAUGAACCUGGCCGGUGGUUACGAGUGCGUUUGCAAAUUUGGCUACGUUUACGACGAAGAUCGGGCAGAGUGUAUUUUCAGCUCGGAUAUCGAAGAAAUAUUGUCGAUAUGGCAAGAGCAUCCGGACGUCGAAGAAACCAAGACCAACGUCAUUGAAAUGAUCGUUAAAACGAUCGCGCGAGCGUCUGGCAAUCGUCUCGCGAUCGAUCGCGCGAUUCUCCCUAUCGUAAUCGUUACGAAUUUUUGGCUGUUGUAAAAAAACACGAUGAACGGGGUUGUUACGAGGAAUUAUUUUCACGUUUCAUAUCGUUUUAUCGUAAUUAUUGAAUUAUUAUGUGGCGCGAUUUAGUUGAUGAAAUACGAUUUAUGCUCGUUUUCUAUAAUCAACUUUUGUGAAUUUAAUAAUAUAGUUCCAUGCUCGAUGAAUUCUCCUGGACAAAUUCAUUUAGGCGUGAUCGGUUUUGUUAUACGAUUAAAAAGUAUUCGCGCACACCCUUAUUUUACAAUUGAAAAGCGAGUUUUUCUCAUUUUCAACUUCAACCUCGAGUUUCUUUGGUCAUGUGAAAUGAUGCAAGUUGUAAGUAAUUGAAUGUAAAGAUACAAUGCAAAUGAAUACUAAGUAAUUAAAUAACGUAAAUGAUAAAAUAGAUGUAAAUACUUUUUGUAACCACUAUACUUGCUCUGAACUAGUAGUUCUUUAACAUCGCUGAUAUGGAUCGAAUUAUAAAUAUGUAUUAUAUGAUUUUUAUAUCAGAUCUCGAUCGAUUUACACGCUCAUUAA